UUUUCAAUAACUUCUCUCUUCGGAACCGAACGUGUCGGACGCGUCGCUGCCGGGAAAAUAAGUUGCGUCGGCGUUUGCUGCGUUGCGUUGCGGCGUUGUUGUUUACGUGUUAAAUAAAAGUGUGUGUGAGAAGGGCGCGCUCCUGUAAGUGUGUGUGUUGUUGUUCGUUCUCAGCGUGUGUUUCGAAAUACCGCAUUGUUUAAUUACACCAUUACAGCCGCCGCGGCUAAUUUCAAUGCAAACAAAAGCUAGUGUGUGAAUGAAAUUAUGCUAAAAUAGAUAAUAGCCAGAGUUUGCGAGGUGCGAAGUCGAAGAAGAGCAAACAACAACAAAUUGCCAUCACCUUUGUCAGCAGCAAAAGCAAGAGAAAAAGCAAGGGGCCAAGAAGCAACAACUAAGCCGGCAUUGGAGGAGGCAAAAAUAAAAAUAAAUAUAAAAACAAAACGCAACUGCGACGUCAGCAGAGAGCCAAAGAGAAAGAAGAAGAAGUACGGAGCCUUGGUGGCCACAUUCCAGUUCCAACGUCAUCAGCCGGCGGAGGCCAACGCAGCCGCCAAACCCGGGUCACCGAAAUUCUUUCUUCCACCAAUCGCCCCGUCCCCCUCCAGAAAAAAAGCAGAAACUACAUCAGCGGAUUCAAGAUAUCAACUCACCCGUUGGAGUGAUAAGCUGUAUUAAAGGCCCCAAAAUGAAGCCCGCUCUGGGGCUGUUGAUGAUCUGCCUGGGCCUUAGCCUGGCCAAGGGAGAGACAAAUCUGCCGCCAGUAUUCACGCAGACCCUGAAUAACAUUAUCCUUUACGAGAAUGUGACUGUGGGAACCGUAGUUUUCCGACUGGAAGCCUAUGAUCCGGAGGGAAGUAAUGUGACCUACGGAGCUAUCGGUGCUGAUCACUUUAGCGUAGACCCGGUAUCGGGAAAUAUUACGCUGAUAAAACCAUUGGAUCGCGAGGAGAAGGAUACACUGAAGUUUCUAGUCUCUAUAAGGGAUCGUGUAGAUCCUGAGGGAGAAUCGGAGCGGGAUAAUGUAGUCGAAGUACCAAUUACUUUUAUCAUCCUUGAUCUGAACGAUAAUGCACCAGAGUUUCAGAAUACUCCCUAUGAAGCCGAUGUAAAUGAGGAUGCUAAAGUGGGAACCACUAUCUUUGAUAAGAUUCUUGUCAAGGAUAGGGAUAUAGCUGGCGACAGUCUCGAUAUAAAGUGUUUGCCCCAGCAGCAAAGUCCUGAAGCCUGCAGCAAAUUCCGUCUCCAUGUUCUCAAACGAGAAGCCACCGUUCUGGAGGCAGCUGUUGUGCUCAAUGAUACCCUUAAUUACAACCAACGGAUGGUUUACCACUUCCAAAUCGAAGCCACUGAUGGGCCACACAAGACCCAAACCACUUUCGAGGCGAGGGUGAAGGAUGUGCAGGACAAGCCGCCCGUAUUUCAGGGCUCCCUCUCAACGGUUAUUGAUGAGGACAGUCCCAUUAACACCUUGGUUCUUACGGUUCAUGCCCGUGAUGGCGACACUGGGGAACCGAGAAAGAUUGUCUAUGAUCUGAGGACAAAUCCCAAUGACUAUUUCCUGCUGGAUGCCCAGUCUGGGGAACUGCGUACAGCCAAACCAUUAGAUCGAGAAGCUUUAGAGGAUUCUACGGGCAUUAUCUCCUUGGUGAUUCGUGCCCGAGAGCUUGUGAACGGAGUUCCCAGCGAUGAUCCCCUGACAUCUGCUACGGCCAAGGCAACGGUGACCAUUAGGGAUGUAAAUGACUCUCCUCCGGUCUUCAAUCGCAAGGAGUACUCUGUGUCCCUCUUAGAGAACACUCCCCCUGGCACACCACUCGCCCUGGACAUGAGUGUUAGUGAUGCUGAUGUAGGCAUCAAUUCAAAGUUUUCUCUCCGCUUGGAUGACGUAUCCGGAGUAUUCGAUGUGGAACCCAAGCUGGUAACCGGCUACUCACAGGUCAAUAUUCGUGUGGCAAACGGUACUCUGGACUACGAGAACCCCAACCAGCGCAAGUUCAUUGUACUGGUGGUGGCCGAGGAGACAGACACCAAUCCACGGCUCUCAUCCACGGCAACGAUUACGGUCAGCGUUUUAGAUGCCAACGACAAUAAGCCGGUUUUCGAACAGGAGAGCUACUCUGCAUCCGUUUCGGAGGCAGCACUUCCGGGUCAGUACAUCGCCACUAUUACAGCCAGGGAUGUGGACUCUGGAAGUUAUGGUGAUUCCGGCAUUCGCUACAGCCUUUCGGGAACCGGAGCCGAACUUUUCCAUGUCAACGAGCAGACAGGUGUUAUUAGCUUGGCCAAUUGUCAUGGCGAAGGGGAGAGCAGCAGACGCGAACGACGUGAUCUGCAAGAGGAGGAGAUGGAGGAGAACCUGGAAAUGCUAUCGAUGGAUAUGGCACCCAGAGAGAUUGGCACCGAGCCCACCGUCCAGUAUACGUUAAUCACCCAGGCGCCAGAAGAGCAGGCCUCGUCGGUUCCACUAUCAGCUCCAGUUGCACACGCAGCUCCAUCUGGAGUUCCCGCAGCGACUGCUAAUGACUACAAGGCACCGCAGACGUGUCUGGACUACGAAUCGGAGACCACGUACUUCUUGUCAUACAAGGCCACCGACGACAAUGGGCGUGGUUCGGCAUCUGUUGUGUCUCUCCGGAUUUCAGUAACUGAUGCCAACGAUUCACCGCCCAUCUGUGAAAGUCCUUUGUACAGGGCUAGUGUGGAUGAAGGAGCCGUGGUUUUUGAUUCCCCGCUGAUUGUCAAGGCCAGAGAUGCAGACACCAUGUCCAGAAUUAGCUACAGGAUCAGGGGUUCCGAACAGGUUGAGGGAAUCUUCGAUAUUGAUCGAGAGACUGGUCAAAUUACCAUCCGACCUAAUGCCACUCUGGAUGUGACCAAUUUGAAUAGCGAUCAGCUCAUCUUUACUGUGGAGGCCAAUGAUGGACUUUUCUCAGCGCACUGUGGAGUAAACAUAACAGUGCGGGAUGUCAAUAACCACGUUCCCAAUUUUGAGAGUCAGAGCUACAGUGCCGUUGUCGAGGAAAAUUCUGAAAUUGGAACGAGUGUGGAAAGGGUGCAUGCCACUGAUUUGGACACCGGCAAGAAUGCCGAGCUACGUUACCGUAUCCAGCAGGGUAGCUUCGAUGACUUUGGAAUCGAUGAGCGUACCGGUGAAGUGUUUGUCUCCCGGAAACUGGACUUUGAUCGACGCAACACCUAUCAGCUGCAGGUUCAGGCCUCCGAUCUGGGAACUCCUAGUCUUACUGGAACCGCUACACUGACGAUAAACGUCCAGAACAGUAAUGACAAAGAUCCCUACUUUGUACCGGCCACUCAGCAUGCAGAAGUCCGAGCGGAUGCUCCUCCUGACCAACUGGUAUACACUUUAAUUGCCCUCGAUCCCGAUGUGGCCAGCCAUAAUGCCUUGGAGUUUGCCGGCACUGAUGAUAUAACAGCUAUUGAUAAAGAGGGCAAGGAGCUAGCGCAUGACGAUCAGUUCAAGGAGUACUUUAAGAUUGCCAGAAAUGGAAAGGUUUCAGUUAACAAGCAGUUGGAUCGCAAUCUGUUUGCCGUGAUGCGGAUCAAUGUUCUGGUUACGGACAGCACAGCACCCAAUGUCCAGCAGGGUCGAGGUUUGCUAAUCAUACAGAUUAUUGAUGUCAACAAAAAUCCACCACGCUUUAAUGCACCAUGGAGUGUAGAACAGCCGCAGAUCAAGCUGCAGAUGGUAGAGGAGCAACCUGUGGGCACCGUGCUGACCACUCUUCAGGCCACCGACGAGGAUUCUAGUAUUGGAGAAUUUAAUAUUAGUGCCAACGACUAUUUUGCCAUAAAUCAGACCAGCGGAGUUAUCUACACAAUUGCCCGACUUGAUUACGAAGCAGUUAAGGAAGUCAAAUUCCAAGUCACUGUUAGUGACACGGGGGUGCCCGCCUUGACAGCCACCGCUGAUGUGGUGGUGGAUAUUAUAAACCUAAAUGAUAAUGACCCUAAGUUCUCUCAAUCUGAUUAUUACUUCAAUGUCACGGAGAACUCACCUCGAGGAACGGUGGCGGGAAAAGUCGAGGCACAAGAUGGAGAUGUGGGCGUCUUUGGAGAGAUCACAUACACAUUAAUUGGGGAGAAUAACAAAUACUUUAGCAUUGAUGCCUAUACUGGCAACGUAAUGGUAGCCAACUCUUCGAUUCUAGAUCGGGAGCAGAUCAAGGAGCUCACACUAUCGGUUGUGGCCCAGGAUAAGGCUCCCGCCGCUGUUCAGAAAUCGGCCACGGCAACGAUCCACAUUAAUAUCUUGGAUGUAAAUGAUAAUGCUCCUGUUUUUACGCGAGAUAUCUAUAACUCCACAGUGGCAGAAAAUGCCGCCUAUCAGCCACCUGCCGCCCUUCUCCAAGUGCAAGCCAUUGACCAGGAUGAGGGUCUGUAUGGCGAUGUACGCUAUAUCAUCACGGCUGGCAACGAGAUGGCUCUUUUCAAGCUUGACGCCCAGUCGGGCAUUGUAUAUCCAGCGCAGAGUUUAUCUGGGAAACAUGGAGCCUACGAGUUGACUAUUUCGGCACGUGAUACCCAGGGAUCGGGCACCAUGGAGAGCACAGCCAAAGCGAUUAUCACAGUGCUUAGGGUUAACCGCCACAAGCCGGAGUUUGUUAUACCCGCACUAUCCAAUGCCACCAUUGAGAUACCUGGUGAUAUAGUACAGCCGGAUUAUCUACUGCUCACCGUUAAAGCAAUGGAUAAUGAUACGGAAGAGAACGGCAAGAUCAGUUACCACCUUCAAGUGAAUAACCGAAAUGAGCAGCAGACCGGGGAGUUUAAGAUCGAUGAGGUGACAGGUGAAUUGCGAGCCAGGACGCAGCUGAACCGCAAAAACCGAGCUAACUACGAUAUCAUCCUGGUGGCCCGAGACGCAGGUAACCCUCCGUUUGAAUCGCUACGCCUUCUUAGCGUCAGCAUUGUGGAUGCCAACGAAAACCGUCCAGAGUUCCCCGAUGCCUCCAAUCCUUAUAAGGUGUCAAUCAACGAGAACAGCGGUCGUGAUGUGAAAAUUGGACACAUUCAAGCGGCUUCAAGGAGCAAGCAUAACAGGGAUAUAUUCUACUAUAUGCUUUUGGGCAAUGAAGAUGGUGCCUUCUAUGUUGACAAGCUGAAGGGUGACAUUUACACAAACAAGAGUCUUGAUCGCGAAGAAACGGAUGUUUACACUUUGUACAUCCUUGCCAGCAUCAAAGCGGAUCUGCAUAUCUCAGAAGAGGAACGCGCCGCAUUCUCCAUCAAGACACUAAAUCGGGAUAACACAGUCGCCAAGGUAGCGAUCACAGUGUUGGAUGUGAAUGAUAAUCCUCCAGUGUUUGAGAAGCCCAUCUACUAUGCCGGUGUAAAUGCGAAUGCCAAGAUGGGCGCAGCUAUAACUCUGGUAAAUGCUACAGAUGCGGAUCAGGGCAAGAAUGCCAAGAUUGAGUUUAUGAUCGUCGCCUCAAAUUUGUAUAAAUUUGGAGCCACCAAAGCUACUGGCUCGAUUGUUCCCAGCCCGUUUGCCAUUUCACAAGAUGGACGCAUCUCAGCAAACACGAUCAUGGCCGAGUACAACCAAGACCGUUUCGAACUUGAGAUUGUGGCUAGGGAAGUAGAGCAACCUCAGCGAUCAGCUAGCACUAAAGUUAAUAUCUGGGUCUUUGAUGGCACUCAAUUGGUGCGAGUAAUUUUAUCCCGUCCGCCAGAAGAAGUUUAUCAGGAGCAAGAGGAGAUCAUUGCAGAGUUACGCAAUGCCACCCAGCAUCGCAUUAUCGUGGAUGAGAUUCGAUUCCAUUUGGACUCGAUUGGUCGCAUCCGUAUGGACUGGUGUGAUCUGUACUUCCAUGCUGUGGACCCUCAGACCCAGCAGAUUGCUCCAGUCGAUGAGAUUCUCAAGGAUAUCGAUAGGAACUACGAUUAUCUGAAGGAUUACUAUGCUGGCUUUGCUAUUGAGAAUGUGGUUCCCGCCUACAUAGCCAUUGUGCAGGAUGAGUUUGAUUUAGCUGUGGCUGGACUAGUAGCCCUGGUCAUCGUCCUUUUUGUAGGCGUUAUUAGUUUUAUUGUCCUGUGCUGUUGUCUGAAGCACUGGAAUCUGUCUGUUCCUGUAGAGACGCGUCGUAAGGAGGCCCUGAUUAAAAAACAGAUAAUCGAGGACCUCAACACUACCGAAAAUCCGCUAUGGAUAGAACAAAAACUGAAACUUUAUGAGGAACAGGAGCUGACCAUGCAGGUCUUCUCAGAGCCCGAUCACAUCUCGAACUCUGAGACGCAAGGUCACUUGGACCAUCGCAGCUCGCUUGAGCAGGUCCAUCAUGUGGGUCAAUCGGUGGAUAAUACAUAUGCCACCAUUCAGCCGCGUAAUAAUCAAAAUCGCAUUACUGGUAGCGGAGGUGCCGGUGGUGGAUCGAUGCGCAGCGGGGGAGGCGCUAGCGCUGGAGGUAUAGGUGGUGCUGGCUUGUUACUAGCCCGCGUUGAUCCGCACAUGAAUGAGUUCGCGGAUUAUGCCACGUUGCGAAACAAUCGGGCGCCAUCGCUGUACGAGUUCACAGGAUCCACUUUCCAGGCACCCAUCCGGGAUGGAGAUGAUGCUGUGGCCGAGCUGAUCUAAGCCUCGCUGGGAGCUGCUGCCCAAAAAGAUGUGUAAAUUAUGUAGUAGCCUGUGUAUCUGUGUAAUAGACAAGCCCUUGCCGUGGUUUAGUUCAACCGAAUCUGUUCUGUUGCAUCUUUGAGUUCGCCGUUGUGUUAACACCAACAAUAUACUAGACACGUACAUAGCACAUAUAAUUACUUAUAUACAUAGCGUAGUUGUAUCUGGUAAGCCAGCGUUUAUCUAGAACUCAAGUAACCAGGUUAGAGAGCCAGGAGCUAAAAACAGAACUACAAGAACCCAUAGAGGAAAUUCUCCCGCAUAAAUAAUGACAAUAAUAUAUAUGUACUAUUAUAUAUUGACAAUGUCUAGCCGUAAUGAAACGAUAUGAAUAUGUAAGAGUUACUAAUGUACAUCUACAUCUGCAUCUACAGAAUUCAGUCCAAUCGAAUACUUCCGCGAUAUUAGUUUUAAUGGCGACCAAAUGCGUCUACAGCCUAAGUUGUAUCACUGAAAAAGACUAAAUUAUUUGCUCUUCCAAUUCCGUACUAUGUUUAGUUUUGUCGCUAACAUUUAGUUACUUAGAUCUUAGUUUAAUUAGCCAAACUUGCUCAUACUCAUAAGUUCAUAUGUUAAGUUGGAGAGAAUUGGAAACGUGCAACGAACUAAGUUACUUUUGACCCCUGUUCGAAUCCUCACGGACAGAGCCAGAAACUCAUUUAUGUUUGCAUUUACAUUAAACAUAUUAUACAAAUAA